CUGUGAAUGUUGGCGAGCUAUUGCCAUCCAGCCACCCCCUAUUCAACCAUUCACAUCCUCCCUAUUGAAUACUGUACAAGGCUGCAGUUCUAGUCAAUCUGUACGAAUCUUCAUGUUUCAGUAGCCUGUUAUCAAAGUGCUGUGUCUCGGUCUCUUGACAGAUACAUUCAUUGGACAUAGCUUGCUCAUUGCCAUCUUCUGAGAUGGCAGAAGGACUUGCCUCAACUCUUGCGGAGUUGAAUUUGAAUACGCAGCGGCUGAGUGGAGCGGCGUUUGAUGCGCGACUUCUUGAAGAAGAGAACGGCUCAUAUCAGAAUCGCGGACCGCGACAAAAGACACGCCAGGAUGCUGCAGAUCUCAAAGCCGAACUAGAGAACGAAUUCCUAGCCCCGUCAUCCCAAUUUAGUCCAGAAUGGCUGAAUCGUCUGCAAAGGAGAUGGGAUGUGUCCACAGACUAUACAGACCUUUUUGAGGUCGCUGGCACUCAAACGCGGACCAUUGUCCGCUUCGACCGCGAAGGAUUGGAAGGACGGGUUACGGGCUAUCAUGAGGUGACUGUCCCUGCCAGCAGCGCGAAUGCGAAGAAUUCGACAUCUCUCCUUCGUCGACCCGCUGGGCGCGCGGACUUUGUCAGAGGUGCAGCCGGUUUCUUCCCAUUCGCUCCGGGUGGCUUGGAUGGCGUGGAGGCAAUUGCCGAAAUGGAAUCCGAAACCCAAACGGCAGGACAAUCUCGAAGUGGUGGUAAACAAACCGGUCUUGAUCGCAUCAUCAACUUUGGGGGCGAAGACGGUCUAUUAGAAAUAGCCCCGGGCUUUACCAGGGGACUGAAAUUCGAUCAGGCCAAGUCCAAAGAAUCUGCAGAGGCUGACCAGGAGGUUGAAGAUACUCUUCAACAGGAGGAAACCGACCUUCAUGUUGAUCAAGAUGAGACGGCCUCAGACGUUGGAGGGGUGAAGGUUGAGGAUGAAGGGGAGCUAAGCGGGGAAGAAGAGGAUAUCGAUGCUCUUCUCCCUGUCGAGUUCCCGGCUUUGGAACCCCAUGCACCGCUCUUUGCAGGAACCCAGAAGAAAGGCGGCAAAGAAUGGGCUCAUGUUGUCGAUGUUAACAAGGAAAUCACCAAUUUCAAUGAGCUCGUCCCAGACAUGGCUAGAGAAUGGCCAUUCGAACUGGACACUUUCCAGAAAGAAGCUGUCUAUCAUCUCGAAGGAGGUGACUCUGUGUUCGUCGCAGCGCAUACGUCGGCUGGAAAAACUGUUGUCGCUGAGUAUGCUAUCGCAUUGGCUGCCAAGCACAUGACGAAGGCUAUCUACACAUCUCCCAUCAAAGCUCUGAGCAACCAGAAAUUCAGAGAUUUCCGGAAUGAGUUUGAUGAUGUCGGUAUUCUGACCGGUGAUGUUCAGAUCAACCCCGAGGCAAGCUGCCUUAUUAUGACCACUGAAAUUCUACGAAGUAUGCUCUACCGCGGCGCGGAUCUAAUUAGAGAUGUUGAGUUCGUGAUUUUCGACGAGGUACAUUAUGUGAACGACCUUGAAAGAGGUGUUGUCUGGGAAGAGGUCAUCAUUAUGCUCCCCGAGCAUGUCACCCUGAUCCUCUUGUCUGCGACAGUCCCUAACACGCAAGAGUUCGCAUCGUGGGUUGGCCGUACAAAGAAGAAGGACAUCUAUGUUAUUUCCACUGCUAAACGACCCGUUCCCUUGGAACACUAUCUCUGGGCCGGCAAAGACAAGUUUAAGAUCGUCGAUUCCAACAAGCGUUUCCUUGAGAAUGGCUGGAAGGAAGCCGACAAUGUUAUCUCGGGCCGGGACAAGAUCAAGGCUCAAAAGGCAGCCGAGGCACAAGCCCAGUCCCAGGCGCAGAGAGGUGGGCAACAGGGAAGAGGACGCGGACAAGCCCCUGGCAGAGGUGGUCCCCGAGGCAAUGGGCAGCGUGGAGGCGGCGCCCAAAGGGGCAGGGGACAACCGGCAAAUAGAGGCUCUGGGAACAUUGCUCGCACAGGACGAGGUGGAGGACGGACUACAGCCGCGCAAGAUAAGACGAUCUGGGUCCAGCUCGUCCAGCAUUUGCGUAAAGAGAACUUGCUCCCAGGCUGCAUCUUCGUCUUCUCCAAGAAGAGAUGUGAAGAAAAUGCAAAUUCACUCUCGAACCAGGACUUUUGCACUGCUUCGGAGAAGAGUUUGGUACAUAUGUUUAUUGAGAAAUCACUUACUCGACUAAAGCCCGAGGACAGAGGCCUUCCUCAGGUGCUUCGGCUUCGCGACCUGCUAAGCAGAGGAAUUGCAGUUCACCACGGAGGUCUUUUGCCAAUCAUGAAGGAGAUUGUUGAGAUUCUGUUUGCGAAAUCCUUGGUGAAGGUCCUGUUCGCGACAGAGACAUUUGCCAUGGGUCUCAACCUACCUACUCGAACCGUCGUUUUCUCCGGCUUCCGGAAGCAUGAUGGCAAGGGAUUCCGAGACCUGCUGCCCGGCGAAUAUACACAAAUGGCCGGGCGUGCUGGACGACGAGGUCUUGACAAUGUCGGCUAUGUGAUAAUCGUUAACGGGGGCCGGGAGGAGGCGCCUCCUGCUGGUGCUUUGAGGAAGAUGAUUCUCGGCGAUCCGACCAAACUUCGAUCCCAGUUCAGACUUACGUACAACAUGAUUCUGAACCUUCUGCGUGUGGAGGCAUUGAAGAUCGAAGAAAUGAUCAAGCGAAGUUUCAGUGAGAACGCUACCCAAGCUUUACUGCCGGAGCAUGAGAAACAGGUCCAACUCUCAGAGGCUAGUCUGGCGAAAAUUAAGCGCGAGCCAUGUGACAUCUGCGACAUUGAUCUUGCAGCCUGUCACGAUGCGGCAGUUGAGUACGAGAAACUAACUAGAGAGCUUAACGUUGGACUUCUCUCAUCGCCUGUGGGCAAGCGCCUUCUUGUGCCCAAACGACUGAUCGUGUACCGAAAGGAAGGAUAUCGGACUGCCGGUAUCAUUGUCAAGGAAGGAGUUGGAGGCGGAUCGACCCCCAACAUCCAAGUUCUGGAAAUUGGUAAAUUGGGUAGCAAGCGCCACCCAAGCGACAUUCUUCCUUUCCUGUCCAAAUUCCGCAGUUUGCUGCAACAGCUUCCGACUCACUCGGCGGAUAUGAAUCUAAAGGUGCAGAAGAUACCGUUGACAGACCUUGAAUGUGUUACCAACACUCUGGUAAAGCUUGGUGGUCCUAUCUGGUACCUCAAUAUCAAGAAAGAGGCGGCGAAGUUUGCAGACAAAGAGCUAUCCAAAGUAUGCGCCUCGUGGUCGAGCCCUAUUUGGGACGAGCUGGAUUGGGCUCGGAUCAAGGAACUGCAAGUGCGAGACAUUCUAGAAAAACGCCAGGCUCAAUCGGACAUCAUCCAAUCUUGCCGGUGCUUACAAUGUCCCAGCUUUUUGAAGCAUUUUGAAAUGCAACAUGAUGAGUGGCAGGUCAAGGAAAACAUCUCGCAAUUGAAGCAGCUCAUGUCCGACCAAAACCUGCAACUUCUCCCUGACUACGAACAGCGCAUUCAGGUAUUAAGAGAGCUGGGAUUCAUAGAUGAGCAGUCGCGGGUUCAACUGAAAGGAAAGGUGGCCUGUGAGAUCCACUCGGCCGACGAGCUUGUCCUCACGGAGCUAAUCCUCGAAAACGUGCUGGCCGAGUACGAACCGGAGGAGAUUGUCGCCCUGCUGUCUGCCUUUGUCUUCCAGGAGAAGACGGAGAAUGUUCCUACGUUGACGCCUCGUCUCGAAAAGGGCCGGGACGCCAUUGUCCGGAUCUCCGAGAAGGUCAAUGAUUUCCAGGUCCAGUACCAGGUGAUCCAGUCUAGCGAAGAUAGCAACGACUUCGCCAGCCAGCCGCGGUUCGGUCUGGCAGAAGUCGUCUACGAGUGGGCGCGCGGAAUGUCGUUCAACCGCAUCACGGAUCUGACCGACGUGAUGGAAGGCACCAUCGUGCGAACCAUUACUCGACUAGACGAGACGUGUCGGGAGGUGAAAAAUGCGGCGAAAUUGGUUGGAGAUCCCACGUUGUAUACCAAGAUGCAACAGGCGCAGGAGCAGAUCAAGCGCGAUGUGAUCUUUGCGGCAUCGUUGUAUAUGUAGGCGGAGAGCAGGAGACGAUUGGAUUUGUGAUAAACGCGGGAAACCACGUGGGGAAGAGAGAACCGUUUUUUUUUUUCUUUUUUUUCUGCCGGAUGGAGGCCUUGAUGCCCUGUUGAUUUCCUAGUAGAGAAAUUUCUGCCUGAUUCCUCGUUUGGCGGCGUGUGUUCGGACUGCACGUACUACUACGAACUACAGUAUUUCC